AUGACCCCUCUCCACUCUUACUACCCCGUGGGUGUAGAGAUCCCCAGCUACGUUCCUAACGAAUGGAGCACCCUAGCGCUGGUCUCUACAUUUGGUGUCACCUGCAUAAUCGUCCUGACAGCCGCCAAAACCAUUGCAACAAAUGUAAACCCUCGCAUUACGACCCCUGAACUCUCCAGAGUUCUCUGGUUUACCCUAUGCGGCUGCAUCCACCUCAUUCUUGAGGGCUACUAUGCCCUGAACUUCGCCACCCUUCCAAGUUCCCAACACCUCCUCGCGCAACUCUGGAAAGAAUACUCCAUGUCUGAUUCUCGGUAUCUCACUUCACACGCCUUUGUUAUGUCUAUGGAGUCCAUUACCGCCUGGUGCUGGGGCCCGUUAUCCUUCCUCCUUGCGUCCUUCAUCGUCACGGAUAAUCCCUUCCGCCACCCGCUGCAGAUUAUCAUUUCAACUGGACAGCUUUACGGGGAUGUACUGUACUAUGCGACCUGUGCGUUUGAUUUUUUCGUGUAUGGGAUUGAGUACUCGAGGCCUGAAAAUUAUUACUUCUAUGGGUACUUUGUGUUGUUGAAUGGGUUCUGGAUCGUUAUUCCAGUUUUGCUUAUUGCCGAUAGUGUGAGAGCUUGUGCGGGGGCUUUUGCAGAGGUCAAGAGCACGAGGACGGUCGGGAUGAAUGGGGAUGCGAAGAAAUCUUCUUGA